CUUCUACCUGUCAUGUCAAAUCACUCAACCUUUACCUAACCCAAUAAACAUCAUAGUAAACCAACCUGCUCCUAAGCUUGAACUUUAACUCACCAAUUCAACGAAAAUUAUAUUUCCGUCAUGCCAUAUCGCAUUAUUAAAGCAUACACCCCCAUAUAAUUAACUUAAAUCUUAACAAACCUAUGGCAAUCAUUUACAAUGUUAACCAGAUUCCGAAUGGAAAAACUAUAGGUAUACAAAAUUGCAUUAAUUGGCUUAAGCUUUCUUCUUCCUGCUUAGCACGCGAUUUAAGCGUCACAACAAUAAUUUUUUUUUCCCAACCUCUCAUCAACAUCUAGAAUUAGAGCUACAUGUAGAUUUGUUUUUCAUCAUGUUUCUAUCUACGUUCCAUAAACCAAAGAUACAAAUUACAAACUCCAACUUAUACGUCACAUCAAGUCCAGCUUGACGGAAAAAAACUAGCUACGCAAAUUACCAAAGAGAAAGAGCGAACAACUAAACACUAAACCGACCGACGACGAUCGACGACGACGACGGAUUCCCCUUACUAAAAAACUGACAGAGAGAUACUAGUUUGUAUUUACACAACUUUAUACAAGCUACUAUACCUACUGUGAUAUUCUUUAGCUAAAAUGAAUCAGUGUUUAUCUGUAAGAUACCCCUUUCACGAUCUAUCUAUACGAGCGAGGGUUCAUUUACUUUGUGCAAAAAAGAAUAAAAAAAAAAAAUAAUAGAGGGAAAGAACAAACUGACCAACAGCAACAACAAGUAGUGGUCAGAUUCACUCUAGACUAGACUUAAGAAGCUCUACUAUAAUACAGCAUACGACUUGACUUGACUUAAUACAAAAGGUUCCUUUCUUAUCUUACCUGUCGCCCAGUCACCUGAAGGGGUUUCAUUCAUAACUGAACAUCGUUAACGAUCAGACGAACUUUGCGAAAAGCUCUCGUUCUUAACAUUUUUUUUUUUAUAAAAAUCUUAAAGUCAUUCCGUUCGGUUAGAUAUUUUUUUCGUUAGUGUUUUUAAAUAAAAACAAAAUUAAAAAUAAACACAAAAAAUAAAACGAAUUUAAAUUUAUAAAACGUAACGUAACGGAUGAAGUAGAUUUUUUAAAUUGUAUUUUUCAAUUAAAAACAAAAAAAUAUAUAUCAAUUUAUUAAAAUAAAAUAAAUAAAAAAAACACAAGUGAAUGUAAACUAUAUAAACGAAAGAAAAAAAUAUAUAAAAUGAAUCAAUAAGAAUUAAAAGUUAACAAAAAUAUAGUUGUGAAAAUAAAAACAUAGAACAAAAAGUGAACAAGUGAUUAAUCCUUAAAUAAGUUUAAAACUUUAAAUAAAAAAAAAAAUAUGAAGGAAUUAACAAAAUACUUUAACAGGCGUUAUAGUGCCGUUAGUACACAAGAUGAAAAUAAUCAAAUACACCAUCAACCUGCAGAGAAACGUAGAAAAAGCCUUAAUCCGAAUCGUUCAUUGAAUCAAGGAUUCAAUAUUGUAGAUUCGUUUUUUAGCGAACGCGUUGAAGGCAAACGGACAAGAGUUCCGAAAUGUGCCUUCUUAUUACUUCUUGGAGGUCUAUUAGCUAUUACUGGUGCAGUGUUAGUGAAAAUUUUUCAACCUUAUGAUUUAAUAUUCAAAUGGAAAUUAGUAUUUGAAGAGGGAGGUGAAAUUUUUGGACUAUGGGAGAAACCACCAGUAGAUUUGUAUUUGAAAGUUUAUCUCUUUAAUAUUACAAAUGCUGAAGCGUUUUUAGCUGGUCGUGAGAAAAUGAAUGUUGAAGAAGUCGGACCUUAUGUUUACAAAGAACUAAUGACUCAUGAGAAUGUGACAUUUAAUGAAAAUGGUACUGUUUCAGCCAUUCCACGUCAUCCACUAGUUUGGCAGGAAGAAUUAUCUGGAGGUCGAAGAGAAGAUGACGCAGUUUAUAUGUUAAAUAUUGCUAUGCUGUCAAUUGCUCAAGUUGCAUCUGAUAAAAGCUUCUUUGUGCGUUUCCCAGUAAAUGUUAUGUUAGCAAAUACUGACAGUACUCCAAUUGUCAAAAUGACAGCUCGAGAAUUUAUGUUUGGCUAUAAAUCAUCGAUAACAACUUUGGGCAAUACAUUCCUUCCAGGUUGGAUUUAUUUCGAUAAAGUUGGUCUUAUUGAUCGGAUGUACGACUUCGAUACCGAUUAUGAAACUUUUCAUACUGGUGUAGAUGAUCCAAGUAUAUCUGGUUUAUAUGCUACUUAUAGAGGUUCACCAGAUCUACCCCAAUGGGAUGGUCAUCAUUGUAGUAAUAUCAAUAUGGCUUCAGAUGGUACAAAGUUUAAGAGUUUCAUUCAACCAAAUGAUUCAGUUCUCUUUUUCCGUAAAAGCAUGUGUCGGCCACAAAACUUGAUACGUACUGGUGAUGAAGUCAUUCGAAGAAAUUUAGCUGGUUAUAAAUAUGUUUUUGAAGAUAAUGCAAUGGAUAAUGGCGAAAUCGAAGAAAAAAACAAAUGUUAUUGCCGACAAGGUUAUUGUCAACCACGUGGACUCAUUGACGUCACUGAUUGCUAUUACGGAUUUCCCAUUUCUCUAAGUUACCCACAUUUCAUGGAUACUGAUCCCGGUCUUAUGAAUAAUGUAACCGGUCUUAAACCAAACCGUAGUGAACAUUCCAGUUACUUCAUUCUUCAACCGGACUCUGGACUACCACUUGAGAUCUCGGUAAAAAUUCAAAUUAACAUGCACAUGAGGAAUGUCCGCAACAUGAACAAGGUUGCACAAUUUAGUGACCUUACUUUCCCGAUGUUGUGGUUUGAGAUUACAAUGAUGGAACUACCAGAUACUUUAGCAAAUCGUUUUAAUUUCUACCUCAAUUAUCUGCCAUAUAUUGAUUACCUUGGAUUCUGGGGUGGUUUGCUUUUGGGCAUGGUAUUUCUAUUCUUUGCCAUUACAAGAGCCACAAUCAGGUUGUCACACUUUAAGCGUAUCUCAGAAAGUGGCAAGUCAUAUGCCAAGGCUAAUUUACGCUCUGGUGUUUAUAAUCCUUGUGAAAUGAAAUUAAUGCAAACAAAUGAAAAAAUGCCUAUGGCUAAGCAAACAGAAGAAAUCAAGGCAGACCGAGGAGCUAUGAUAUAUGAUGUGGAUCUUAAGGCCGCAAACACAGGGAGUUAUAUGUUGGAAGAUGAACCGGCAAUGUCUGAUGUUGAAAAUGAUGAUGGAGAUGAUGGUAAUGCAAGUGAUUCGUCAAGUCGUAGUAGUUCAAGCAGUGACAUCGAAGAUGAUUAUAUGACAGAUGAAACAAGGAGCAUACAUAAUGGCAAUGCCAGUGAUGAACAAGCGACAACCAAAAGCUUAAGUAGCAGUGAUUUUGCUUCAACUAGUGCCACGAGUGAAGAUCAACAAAAAUGGCCAAUUGGCGAAACAGCAUUACUAAUCGAUGAUGUUGACGAUGUUGUUGAAGAUCUACCACCUCUACGAAUAGAAGAAUAGAGGAUAAAUCAAAGUUAAUUGGAAAAGCCAUAUAAUUUGAAGAAGUGCUUAUUAACCAAGAUCGUGAUAAAACAUAAAACAAAAAAUAUAACAAAAAAGACAUACAAAAAAAAAAAAUACAAAAUCAGUAGACUAGUAGAAUAAGUUUUAGCGAUCCCUUCUUUUUCAUUAAUUUAUGCUUAAUUUUCCCUUUUUUUAUAAUUAAUUUAAUUUAAAUUAAUAGUUUCUUUGUCCAUAUUUUGUGACUUUUCCAAAACUUGUUUAUCCUUAUCUAUUUUUGAUCUGUGAUAUAAAUGGGUGAAAAAAAAACGUAUUUAAUUAAUUUCUAAUGCCCAGCCCCCUUUUUUUUAGAAUCGAUUGAAAGCUUUAUCUAGAUUUAUCAAAACUUUUUCUUCUGUUGAAACAAAUUAAGCAUAAAUAUAGAAGAAAUAAGAAUACUCUGAUAUCAGGAUUUCAUUUGUGGCUGUCACUAAAUGGUAUUAUAUGUCAUUUAUUGAGACAAACAUAUUUCAUUUUUACUCUUUUUCUUUCGAAAGAAGAAACAAUAAAAACGAGAGUGAAAUCCUGGCAUUAUAAAUUUUCCAAUUAUGUUGGGAGAGCUAAAAAUUGCAAUUGUAUAUUUUUAUCUACCUCUGUGAGGCAAUGUACGAAA